GGAAUGUACUUUCAAUUUCAUACCACACAUCAAGGCUGACAGAGAAAAGCCAUGGCCGACAAGGUCCUGAGGGAGAAGAGGAAGCUGUUUAUCCACUCAGUGGGCACGGGUACAAUAAAUGGCUUGCUGGAUGAAUUGUUAGAGAAAAGAGUGCUGAACCAGGAGGAGAUGGAGAAAGUAAGAGCUGAAAACGCUACGGUCAUGGAUAAGGCCCGAGCUUUGAUUGACUCUGUCAUUCGGAAAGGGCCCCAGGCGUGCCAAAUUUGUAUCAGUCAUAUUUGUGAAGAUGACUGCCACCUUGCAGGGGUACUGGGCCUCUCCUCAGGUCCGCAAUCUGGAAAUUUUCCUAAAACACAGGACUCCCAAGCAGUGGUUCCUGCCUUCCCAGCUCCUCAGGCAGUGCAGGACAACCCAGCUAGGCCAAGAGGGAGCCUCAAGCUUUGUUCUCCAGAAAUAGUCCAAAAGAUAUGGAAUGAAAAGUCAGCAGAGAUUUACCCAAUAAUAAGAAGGUCGUUGACCCGCACACGUCUUGCCCUGAUUAUCUGCAACACAGAGUUUGACAAUCUUUCCAGGAGAGAUGGAGCUGAAGCUGAUAUCACAAAUAUGACGGUGCUGCUAGAAGGUCUGGGGUACAGCGUGGCAGUGAAAGAAAAUCUCACCGCUUUGGGCAUGACUACAGAGCUGAAGGCAUUUGCUGCCCGCCCAGAGCACCAGACCUCUGACAGCACUUUCCUGGUGUUCAUGUCUCAUGGUAUUCGGGAUGGCAUUUGUGGGAAGAAAUUCUCUAAGAAUGUCCCAGAUAUAUUAGAAGUCAACACCAUUUUUCAAAUUUUUAACACCUGGAACUGUCCAAGUUUGAGGGACAAACCCAAGGUGAUCAUUAUCCAGGCCUGCCGUGGUGAGAAUGAAGGGGUGGUGUGGUUAAAAGACUCAGUAGAAGCUUCUGGAAAUAGCUCCUCACUGGCUCCAGAGGAUUUCGAGGAUGAUGCCAUUAGGAAAGCCCAUAUAGAGAAGGAUUUUAUUGCUUUCUGCUCUUCAACACCAGAUAAUGUUUCUUGGCGACAUCCCAGAUGGGGCUCUCUUUUUAUUUUGAAUCUCAUCGAAAAUUUGCAAGAGUAUGCCUGGUCCUGUGACCUGGAGGAAAUUUUCCGAAAGGUCCGAUUAUCAUUUGAGCCACCAGAUGGUAGGGUACAGAUGCCCACCACAGAAAGAGUGACUUUGACAAGAUGUUUCUACCUCUUUCCAGGAUAUUCUGUGCCAACUGAAGGAGUCUUUGUUUUUCUGACAGAAGACAAACGUGAAAGAAAUAUACUUAAGGCUUUGGAAUCUGUGGGCAAAGAACUCAUUACUGGCAUUUCGGUUGGCUUGGUGGAAAAAGAUGUCCUGAAAUUGAAGGAAGAUGAAAAGAAAAAAUUUUAUGAAGCCAAGCCUAGAGACAAGCCCUGGGUCUUGGUGGACUCUGUGAGAGACAGACGCCAUGAAGCAGGUCAAAUGCUUCUGCAAACCUUCCUUAACACAGAGAAAAAUUCCACUAGAAGAGAAGCUUCUGCGGAAAUCAUGCCUGGACCAGUUGAGCCAACAGAAUCUACAGAUAGCCUCAAGCUUUGUCCUCAUGAAACAUACCUGCAACUGUGUAAAGAAAGGGCGGAAGAGAUCUAUCCAAUAAAGGAGAAAAAGGAUCGCACUCGGCUGGCUCUCAUCAUAUGCAAUACAGAGUUUGAUCAUCUUCCUGUCAGGACUGGGGCUGACUUGGACAUCACAGGGAUGAAGGGUCUGCUUGAGGAGCUUGGCUACAGUGUGGAGGUGAAAGAGAAGCUCACAGCCAGGGAUAUGCAAUCAGUGCUGCAGGAAUUUGCUGCCCACCAAGAUCACAGGUCUUCAGACAGCACAUUCUUAGUGUUCAUGUCUCACGGUAUCCUGGAUGGGAUCUGCGGAACGACGCAUAGUGAUGAGAAUCCAGAUGUACUACCUUACGACACCAUCUUCCGGAUAUUCAACAACAAGAACUGCCCCAGUCUCAAGGACAAACCUAAGGUCAUCAUUGUCCAGGCCUGCAGAGGUGCAAAUCGUGGGGAAUUGUGGGUCCGUGACUGUCUAGCAGGCUGGGCAGACAGCCCUUCAGUGUCACCUGAGAACUUGGAGGAGGACGCCGUUUACAAGACUCACGUGGAGAAGGACUUCAUUGCUUUCUGCUCCUCAACCCCACAUAAUGUGUCCUGGAGAGACAUCACAAAGGGUUCUCUCUUCAUUACACAACUCAUCACAUGCUUCCAAAAAUAUUCUUGGCGCUGUCACCUAGAGGAAGUAUUUCGGAAGGUACAACAAUCAUUUGAAAAACCAAGUGUUAAAACCCAAAUGCCCACCAUUGAACGACAAUCCAUGUCAAGAUAUUUCUACCUCUUUCCCGGCAACUAACAAUAGAAAUCGCAGGGAGCCCAGCCCUUCCUGAUCAACUUCAAGGAGCACCUUUUCCAGUACAGCACAUGUAGUUAACUUUUUGCAAUUCAAUAAAAGUGGAAACAAAUGAACUAUGUCUUUUGGGUCCUCUAAUAGAGAAUAGAAUUUCAAUUAAAAUGGUAGGUGAAUGGAAAUGAAGUGGAAGAAGCUAACUGGCUUCUUCUUUCUAGCUUUAUGACUCAUAUAAUAUCUGCAUUGCACGGAGUGAAGAGAACUGGCCAUGGCUUGCCCUCAGCAAUAGGGUGAAAAGAGAUGGUACCUAUCUGGAGAUGAGAACUGUAUGUUGGUCAGCUGCUCGUUUGUACACUCAUCAAACCCUGGGUCUAAAAUGGUCCAGAAGAAGUUUUAUAAUUUAUUACUUAAAUGAUAUCAUAGGUUGAGCUUAUUUUUUUCUUCCGUAAACUAUCAUGAUUUUAGCAAAUUAUUCCCAUAUACCUUUCUUUCUUCCUACUACAAGCUAAUUAAUUUUCUUGUCAAUUAUUUUCUUUCUAGACUUCUGCACAUUCCACACUUCAGGAAAAUUUUAUUAUUUAGCAAGAACUUGGCUAUUGUCUAAAAUAAGUUGGGCUUUGGGUCAAGAUGGUGUAACCUCAGUGUAUUUGUAUGGAAAUACAAAUAUAUAAUUAAAUAACGGACAGUGAAAAGAAUGGGGAGUGUCAGCAAUGGAAGAGAAAUUGUCCAAAUUUCUGGAAGGGUGAAUGUUGGUAGAGGAAUUUUGGCAACACGGCCGUCAGAGCUAUUAUGCAAGGAGAUGCACCUCUUCUGCUAUGUACAUAUAGAAUGCUGAAUAAAUAUUUUAGUACACAACUGAACUGGGUUAAAAAAAUAAAGAGAUGCUCUAGAUGUCAAUUAUAACCAUAAUAGUUAAUAUUUAUGUAGAUUAAUUGUAUGUCAAGAUUAUUGUAAGAAUUUUGAUUAUUGUAAGAGAUUUUAUAUAUAAGCAACUAACUUAAUACAUCAGCUCUGUAAAGCAAUUAUUAUCAACAUCCCCAUUUUACAGAUAAUAAAACAAAAGAACACAGAGCUUAAAAGACUUACCCAAAGUGACACAGUUAGUGGCCACACUGGGAUUUGAUUGCAAACUCACUUGCUCUGGAAUCUGAGUUAUUAACCUCAUUGUACUGCAUUGCCUCACAAAAGCAAGGAGAGAUUGAAAUUGCAAAGGUUCUGAAUUGUAAGGGUUAAUUGAAUGUUCAAUUGUAAGGAUUAAUUAACACUACAAAGAUUCAUAAUAUUUAUAUUUCUGGACUUUGUUCAUGUGGAAACAUGAGACACGUCACAAAGAUCUAAAAAUACAUGUUAUAGACACCUCAUUCUCUGACUACUGAGUGAUAAUAUUAGAAACUCAAUAACAUAAGAACUGCCCCACAUCUCCACAUAGUUGGAAAUUAAAAUAUACAUAUUAUAAAUACACACAUAUAUGUAUUUAAUAUAUAUAUACAAACAUAUAACUAUUUGUACACCUGCACACGUAUAAAAACAAGAAGGAAAAAAACAUACGGACUAAGCUUUCAACUUAAGUCAAAAAAAUAAUAAACCAAUAUGAAAAUAGAAGAAAGCAAAUAAUAAAGAUUAAAAAGCAGAAAUUGAGGCUGGCCCAGUGGCAUAGUGGUUAAGUUCACGCGCUCCACUUUGGCAGCCCAGGAUUCGCGGGUUCAGAUCCCAGGCAUGGACCUAUGUACUGCUCAUCAAGCCAUGAUGUGGCAAUGUCUCGUAUACAAAAUAGAGGAAGAUUGGCAUGAAUGUUAGCUCAGGGACAAUCUUCCUCAAGCAGAAAGAGGAAGAUUGGCAACAGAUGUUAGCUCAGGCUGAUAAUCCUCACCAAAAAAAAAAAAAAAAAGAAGCAAAAAUUAAUGAAACAGUGAUGAAGCAAAGAAUUGAG